AUGUCUGGCGCGAACAGUUGGCUGCAGAGACAGCGCAAGACCGACCUCGCCGAAUUGGCGCAGUACACCGGUCUGAAGAACUACGAUGCAUUGAAGAAGGCCGAGCUAGAGCUUGCUCUCGACGAGUUCCUCGCGGAGAACACCGCCACUUUCCAGUCGGAUCCCAAAUUGGUCAACUACUACGCGAGCCGUGCUCGCACCAUCGGCUCACCCAUCAAGAAAGAUGUAGAUGGCGCAGCCGAGAAGCUCAAGGUCGCUAAGCGUCGCGUGACUAAGGUUGCCGAAGAAAUCAUCCCGCCGGCUGAGACUUCUGAAGAAGAACCUAGCAGUACUUCGACAGCCAUUGCGCACACGCCUGCUCGCGCAUUGUCGCUGGCGAGCCGCAUCCCUCUUCCUGCGACGCCUGCUGAUGUCGCCAAUGCCGUCGAUCGCUCUACGGUGGCUCUGAGGAGCCACGUCGCGACUGUUUACAAGGAAUCGGGCAUAACAGAGGUCACGCACGCGACGCGCGAGGCCCUCUCAACCGUGAAUGCUGUGCUUUUCGCCAUCUCUGCCUUCGAGGCCUACUUCUUGCGCCCGGAGAUUCUAGCGGAUCGAUAUGCAUUCACAAUUCCUGCCAUCUCAUUCCUUGGGACCAGUGACUACCCAGUAUUCGUCCCUGACAUGUUUUUGCUGCUCACUGCAUCCUUUUGGUCACCCGCGUUGCUCUGGUCUUUCACGAGCUUCAUUCUCCCCAGCAUUGCGGGGUACUUUGUAAACAUGACCACCGGGGCGCAUCAAGGGCGCGUUACGCGUCGCAGUGCUCCAGUGCCCGAUGCCGUUGUCGAUCCCCUGACCUUCAGUGUCGUCAAGGCCCUCAUCUCUUUCGUGAUAUACGGCCAAGGAGUCACAUUUGGUGGCUGGGUCAGCGAGGUUUCUAUUGCACGUAUCAACUCUGCAAUUUAUGGUGGCUAUCAAGGUGUCCUAGCCGGCGCCGCCAUCAGUGGACUAUUCAGUAUCUAUGACGCGGUGCUGAAAAAGUAG